AUGGAUAGCUAUCUCUCAGAUAGGACUAUAAAACUGAACUACGCAAGCCAUGUAGUAUGCAGACAGACAAAUAAAGGAUGCGUACAAGGCUCUGUUGGAGGCCCACUAUUAUGGAACUUGCUCUUAGACCCACUACUCAAGACGCUGCACGAGGCCGAAAUAACGGCACAAGCUUUUGCAGAUGACAUCGUUCUGCUGGUCGAGGGAAACAUCGCAAGUGAUAUAGAAGUUAAGCCCAACUCAGCACUAGCAAUGGUGAAUUAA